CUUUCUUUCUUUCUCACACAUACAUAUAUAUACACACACACACAUUGCUGUCUCAGAUAGCCCAUCUCUCUCUCCCUCCUACCCCACAUUCAUUGGGAAAUUCUCUCCCACCCUGCAAGCAAAGCAGCUUUCACUUUUUUAUUGUUCUCUUUUCUUUGAGCCUCUCUCUCUCUCUCUCUAUCUUGUUUCUGGGGUUUUGUGCUUUUUAGUCAUUGAGAUCUGCAUCAAGAUGGGUAACUCCCAAGGCAGCUUCACCAACUCCAGAGAGCCACCCAAUGCCCUUCCUCAUCCUCUUCCUCUCUACACUUCCUCCUCUUUAGCCACAGAUCACCACUACUGUGACUACAAUGACCACAGAAUCAAAACCCUUUUGAAGAAAAUGUUCAGGGAGUUUGGCUUGGCCUGUUUUCUCCCACCUCGCCAGAAAAAGAGCAACCAGAAGACCCCAGUUGAUGACGACAGCAACAACAACAACAAGAUAAAUUUAGAGCACAACAAAGCGUGGCUGCUGGCGGAGUCCGGCGGGUGUGGGGCGGAGUUGGAAAAUGCCGAUCCCCAUUCGGUUAACUCGUCUUUCAGAUUCACCUUCUGCUCUCAGGUGGAGCUGGAUUCCAUGAACAUGAGCUCCUCCGCCGCUGCAACGGUUCUAAUGGUGAAUUUGGGAAAUGGGAUGUCUGAAUCCAAAGCUAAAGAGGUCAAGUGGAGGCGAUUUGAGUCGUUGGAGAGGAGCAUUUCCCCAAUGGCUCACACUUUGAUCAGAUAUAGCUACGGUGAAAUUCUUGCUGCCACUCGCAAUUUUUCGAAAGGUAGAGUUUUGGGGAGAGGAGCUUUGAGCUGUGUAUUUAGGGGCAGAGUUGGGAUUUUGAGAACUGUUGUGGCGAUCAAGCGACUGGACAAGGAAGAUAAAGAGUCUGCUAAGGCAUUUUGUAGAGAGCUGAUGAUUUCUAGCUCUCUUCACAACCGAAAUGUGACACCUCUUGUGGGGUUUUGCAUUGAUCCAGAGGAGGGCUUGUUUUUGGUUUAUAAGUAUGUCUCCGGGGGAAGCUUGGAGCGUCAUUUGCACGAGAAAACGAGGGGAGGUAAGGGCUCUGCAACACUUCCUUGGUUUGUAAGGCACAAAGUUGCCAUUGGAAUUGCUGAGGCAAUUGCGUAUCUGCAUAAUGGAACCGAACGAUGUAUUGUUCACAGAGAUAUCAAACCCUCAAACAUUCUCCUUUCGUCCAAGAAAACCGCCAAGUUAUGUGAUUUUGGAUUAGCCACUUGGACUUCCGCACCUUCCGUUCCCUUCCUUUGCAAAACUGUCAAAGGAACAUUUGGUUACUUGGCUCCUGAGUACUUCCAGCAUGGGAAAAUAUCGGAUAAAACUGAUGUGUAUGCUUUUGGAGUGGUCUUGCUGGAAUUGAUAACCGGAAGGAAGCCAAUUGAAGCAAGAAGGCCACAAGGAGAAGAAAACUUGGUUCUCUGGGCAAAACCCCUCUUGUGUAAAGGGAAAGGAGCUAUCGAGGAGCUGCUUGAUCCACGAAUAAAAUGCACUUCGAGAAAUUCAAAUCAAAUAGCACGGAUGAUUGAAGCUGCAGCUGCCUGCAUAACGAGUGAAGAAUCCCGGAGGCCAAGCAUUUGUGAGAUAAUGGCAAUACUGAAAGGCAAAGAAGAACCUACAAUCUCCAAGAGGAAGAAGCCUAGUUUUCUAGGGAAUGGAUUGUCGAUUGAUUGUUAUUCUCAAUUACGACAAACGAAUAGCGAGAUGAAGAGUCACCUGGCUUUGGCUAUGCUAGGAGUUUCCGAGUUUGAAGAUGAUGAUCAUCUUUACGGCCGUUGAUUCGUUGCAGAUAAAUUAUCCUGAUUUUUCGGUUCUUAGAUUUGUUGUUGCUUGUUUGAAGUUUGAACAGAGUGGUUUGCUAGAAGUGAGUACCGAGUGUCGAUAUUGUAGAUAGGAAUAGGAGUCUGAUGUGUAUAUAUCUUCCAUGUACCUGUCCCUAUUUAGCUAUUCUAACAGGGAAAGUUGUAACACAUUUUGUUUUAGUUUAAGGUUCUCGUUUGAUUACCAUUUAA